CAUAUUUGCCUCUGUUUUUAAAUAUACUUCUGACAUCUAGUUAAUUUCCCCCAUUUAAAUGUUAUAGGUACAUUGUUAGUCAACUAGCUGGCUUGAUAAAUUAGCCUAGCACUAAACUAGUCGCUCAUGCUAACUAGCUAGCUAGCUAACAUCCCCGAACAUGAGCUCCCUAAACUACUCCCCUCCUGUUAAAGAAGAGGAGGUCUGCUGGACGGAGAAAGAAGCUCUGGGGCUGAACAUUGUCGUGAAAGAGGAGAAGGAAGAGGAGGAUGUCACAGUAAAACAAGAAGUAGAGGGUGAGGCUGUUACCGUGAAAGAAGAAGAGAAAGACGUUUCAGUGAAAGAAGAAGAUGCGUUCAGAGUGAAAGAGGAGGAGGAUGUUACAGUAAAAGAAGAGGAAGAGGUGAAAGAGGAGGAUGUAGUUUUUGAAGUGAAGGAGGGGAAACAGGGAGAGAGAACUGUCAUAUUGACAGAGGAGUCAGGAGAUCUGAUUACCACCAGAGAGGGACCAGACUCUCACUCUGACAGCGGGGAGACUCCUUCAGGGGAACCAGACCCAGAGACGCCCAAACCAGCGAGACAACACCACUGUUCCCAGUGUGAAAAGAGUUUUAAGUGGUUAAGGAACCUGAAAGUACAUGAGAGAACGCAUACAGGAGAAAACCCUUACGAAUGCUCCCACUGUGGAAAGAGUUUUACCAAGUUAGGGAACCUAAAAGAGCAUGAGAGGACACACACAAGAGAAAAGAGUUUCCAAUGUUCCCAGUGUGGAAAGAGGUUUACCCAGUUACGGUACCUGAAACAACAUGAAGAAAUACACACAGAAGAUAGGAAGACCUACCACUGCUCUCAGUGUGGAAAGAUAUUUACUGGGUUAGGGAACCUGAAAAUACAUAUGAGAAGACACUCUGGAGAGAAGCCGUACCACUGUUCCCACGGUGUAAAGAGUUUUACUCAGUUAGGGAGCCUGAAACCACAUGAGAGGGGACACACUGGAGAGAAGCCUUAUCACUGUUCCCACUGUGGAAGGAAUUUUAGGUGGUAUGCGAGCCUGAAGGAGCAUGAGAGAAUACACACAGGAGAAAAGCCUUACCACUGUUCCAAUAGUGAAAAUAGUUUUACCCAUCGAGGGAGCCUGAAAGCGCAUGAGAGAAUACACUCAGGAGAAAAGCCUUACAAAUGUUCCCCGAUGUGA